UCCUUCAGCYUGUGGUCACUGUGCCSAAGACAACCUGCSACGAGGUCACUGAGGAGUCCACAACCACAGACGCACCUGCCGCCGCUGGAGAAGAGGAAAGGGAUGGAGAAAAGGAGGGUCUCAACAUGGGGACGUUUCUGACGGUGGACGAGGUGGGACAAAUGGAGGAGGACGGGGAGAAGAGGUCUGCUGAGAACGUGGAGUCGAAGCGAAGGAGGACAUCUCAGGAGGAGAGAGAGGAGGAGACAGCGAGGAGGAAGAUGAAGAUGGAACCYCUCUUUUAUAAAGACUACAGCAUCCCUCCUUUCAACCCUGACAGCCCUGUCGGCAUGGAGUUUCUGGUCCCCAAGUCAGGCUUCUUCUGCAAGGUGUGUUCUAAGUUCUACAGCGGAACUGAUGAGGCUGAGAAGAACCACUGCAAGACCCUCAAACACCAUCAGAACCUGGAGAAAUCCCUGGAGAAGUGGAGAGCGAAGAAAGACUGACUCUCCAUGAUGAGCUGAAGAGUUAAAUAUUGACUGGCUGUGUCCCAACCACUGACUGAUUCAUUCCUGUCUUAACUCUUUUCCCACUUCCUUGUUUUUGUGUUUCUUCCCCAUGGGUCCAAUCUCUCCCUCACUCACAACUAUAACGGUUUCAUUUUGUUAGUUAUUUUACCAUGAUAUAGAAGAGAAGUGACUCAAUAGAGAGAAAUUAAAGUAGAAACCAGUGUACAAUGAAAAUAAAGUGUUUUAUUCAA